AGAUGUUGAGAAUGAGGUUCGUCUAUGCAAGCCGCGAAGGAAAGGACGUAAGCCGGUUGCGCCAUCCUUUUGUAUUUCUUCGAUUUUGAAUAAUUACAAUUGCCACAAACGCGACGACAAGAAGGAGAAAGGGAGAAGGAAAUGGCGAGCAUGGAUGGUAUGGAAAAUAUUACGGUGCUCGACUUUCGCACGGCCUUUCAGGGGAGCGUAUUUGAGAAGUAUCACAUUGUUCCGCUGCAGGUCGCUUCUCUAGACACCACUUAUCUAAGUCGAAUGUGCUUCGACUUCCUCGUCCUCAAAAUGAAGCCAUAUGAUGAUGGCGCUGUUCACCAGGACCAUGCGGAAUGCUUAGCUGAUCGGCUGAAGCACUGGGGAGCUGGCGAAUUGGAUUGCCACACAUUCGUCAAGCAUGCUCUUGAGUUUUUCAAAGAGUAUACGGACAACCUGUUUCACGACUUUUGCGAGCAGACAGGUAUGCCAUGGGUUGAAGACCCCAAUGAUGUUCCUUUCCAGUUGGAGGACGAACUGCAACCCUCAGAUUUCUAUGAGGGCUUGCACCACUUCCUCAUUCAGAACCAUACUUCAGAGAUGCUGGAGAUUUGUUUUGCUCGUUGCGGAAUGGACUUGAGACGUGAGAGUGAUAAUGAUAUUGUCAGGAGACUGUACGGCUAUGGCAGACGGAUGCGGGGAGCCACUUAUGGCGACAGCAAGUUAUCAUGGUGUCUUUUCAUGAUUCUACACCAGAUCGAUUUCGAUCUCGUUGGCUUGGAUGGUCAGCAUUUCCCUCUGCGAAUGUUGUUGUUGGAGGAGGAGCCUUGGUGCGCUGACGUAAUGGAUCGGGAAACUGGAGCCCUGAUUGCAGAUGCCAUCAAUCUAGCUGAAGGCGGGGCCUUCCGCUGGAGUCAUCGAACGGAAGUUCGAUCGAAAUCCAUGGAGGCUGUUGAGCAACGUUACAAGCCUCAUGGAGACAUCCUUACGCUCCCGAACCGAGUAUGUCGCUGUGAUGAAUUGCCUCCGCAAGAAGUGUUCGAUGUAAGCUUUUCCGAGCACGGCCAUGCUCCGAGUAGGACACUGCUUUCUGAACUCACUCCUGAACAGUUGAAAUCUGUGAAAGACCUUAAGAGAGCCUCGUUCUGCCGUCGUAACUGCAUCGUCUAUUCUACCCAUUCAGAGUUUGAACAUGUGAUUCCCAUCGCUGCUAACUUGGGGCCGGUGUGUCGUCAAGCGCGCAAGGACGACGAAGGGUUCGACGAAGUUGUGGCUGAGUACCGCCUUCAACCAUCUUUGCAGAAAGAUGUGGUGGAUUUCCAAUGCAACCACUUUAGACGAAUCCUCAAGGGCACAAUUUGGCAGAAUCUACCGCAGGACUUGGUCAUACGCAUCGUCCAGUUACUGCCACGGCAAUGUACUAUAAGUCGGUGUAACAGUUGGGAAUGAAACCUUGCCGGCACAUGAUCAUAGCUAAAGAUGUGCGCAGGACGCCAACACAGCACAGUUGCUUCUUCUUCUUCUUCUUCUUCUUCUUCUUCUUCUUCCUCUGAGAUGCUGCUGUCAGGGUGGUAUGUAUACUACCAUCUUUACCCGAAUAGAAUGCCCGGUAAUUAAAGCUGUAUUUGGCACAACUUUUGGUCCAGAUGCAGGGAUAAUGACCGGCGUUCUAUUCGGGUGAAGACAGGAGUACCUCAGCGUUCCCAAUGAAACUGUGCCUCCAGGCCGUGCACAAGACAGCUGCUAAGGUUCUGCGCAAGGCGCCUACAGCGCGGUUUGCCCCUUCUUCUUCUUCUUCCUCUGAGCUGCUGUUGUCAGGGUGGCUUGUAUACUAAGGUCAGUGUUCCUAAUGAAACUUUACCUGCACA